AUGCGGGUUCGCAUCCGCCCUCAUCAUAUUGAGCACCAGGUUCACUUUAUCCUUGCUAACUUGGAAAAGAAAACCUUUAGUGAGGUUUGUGGAAUUUAUACUGAUUAUCAGUGAAAAUCUCGGUAAACUAAAUUUUUUUUUGUCAAAUCGUAACUGUAAAUUCCUUCAACAAGCUUCAUUUAAUUCCUUAAAUCAUAAAUCGCAUCAAAAUAAGUAAGAAGAACUGAAUAAAUCGAAAAAAAUGAACAGAAAAGAAAAGAAAAAUUUAAUGCCGUGUUCAAUUUGAUUCCACGAAAUGCAAAAUGCCCGUUAGAGAAAGGAAAAGAUCACUAAAUUUUGGAGAGUCAGAGAUCAUUUUGCAUUUCGCGUGAAAUUACUUUGAACACGGCAUAAAAAUGUACGUCGGAGCACACAUGCUCCCGAAAUCUUUUCCGUCUUUUUUCAAAUUUCGCCACGAGUUUUUUUCUUUUUCUUUUAUUUUUCGUGCAUUUCACUAUUUUUCUCGCUAUUUCUAAAACGAGUUUUUCGAGUUUAAACUAUGAUCGCCUAGAAUUUAAUCGAAAAGAAAUCUUUUUCAAGUUUUUUUUUCUGGGAAGAAUCCCUUCCUUCGAAAAGUUUUACACUUUUCUUUUUUUUGUAAAAGAGAAUUUGGGAUGAUGCAAUAGAAGUGUUCAUUUACGCGAUCACCCUUUUUCUUUCUUACGAACAAAUAGUGUUUUCUCAAAAAUUUAUGGGGACUUUUUUUUGGAAAUCAUACAUUUUAUUGCUACACGAGAAAAAUGCGUGAGAAGCUUUUUGUUCGUUUCUUUUUUUCUUGUUGAAACCAAAGUUUUAGUUUUUUGGUACAUAUGCAAGGACUAGACAAAGGUUCUAAAAUAUUAAACUAUGGAAAAGGAACAAGUGAUGUUGAUAACUGAGCACUAUUUGCUUAAUGGGUCGUUCGGUGGAGAAACGAAACAUAUCUUAAUGAUAAACAACUGCCCAACGCAACAUUUUGGCUCAUUUGAACCUGAUUUAAAAGCUUCUUGAGUUUUGAAAAUUCAUUUUUAUUAUUAUUUCGGUGCUCACGUUUGUUUAUAAUUUUUCGUGAACUUCUUUUCAAAGCUGUUUCAUCGUCUUCGAGAAGAUAAUAUUCGAAAAAAAUUAAGUUUCUUCAUGUUAAUAAUGAGUUUAAAGAUAGGAAUAAGUUCAAAAAAACCAAACAAAAGGUUUUUUUGUUAAUUUUCGAAUCUGAUACAUAAAAAUGAUUUUUUUAUAGUCAGUUCUACAAUCUUUGGAAAGUUUUGUUGAAGGAAAAAUCCUGAUUUUGUAUCGAGACCCACAAAAAAAUAAAGUUUCGGUGUUUGUAUUUUUUUAAAAAUAAAAUUACUCCUAUUUCAACGCAUGAAAUAAAACAUUAACUAGGCUAGAUGACGAAAUAAAUUACUGAUGGUGAAAUUUUAGAAAGAUUAGAAAAAAAUUUUAUUGAUGAUAUAAAAAAACUUUACGAGUAGUAUGAGCUUAAGGCGGUCAAUAUUGCUUGGAAAAUUAAUGAGUUGAAAUUUCUUAGCGCUUUGUAAGUUUUUUCAAACAAAUCUGAAGUGAUAUGCAACAAAAAUAGAAAAUUCUGAAAACGGAGUAGGUUUGAAACUUGCUAUAUAUUCGUCUCUUUUGACUUUUUCUGAUGUUAUAAGGUUUUAUUAGAAUAUUUACGAAGGGAAGAACAAAUGCAAUGUAAAAAAGACGAGUUGAAGUUAUUUUCGAUUUUUCAAUAAAUAAAAUUUAUUUCAUACGGCUUUAGUAGUGGAUUUCGAAUAUCCAGUUGAUAAUUGAUUCCAGUACAUUUUUUAUAAUUACGACCUGAAAAUGAUGUUUAUUUGUAGCUCUCCGCCCUCCGACACGUGUUGCCGACGUGCGAAAAGUCGCCGACCUCUUCGAAUUUUGACGCCGAGGUCUGCGAGGUCCCCUGGGCGAAUCGCAUGCGACUCCCGCGGUCGCUCGCCGCAGCUCUUUACCAGAAUCAUCAGCCCAUCCAGUCGAGACCCAUUUUCAACAUGGAGGUGAGCAAGACCUAUAGUUUCAGUUUCUUCAAAAUGAUGAUUAAAAUUGAAUAAAAAGUAAUUAAAAAUUUUUUAAUGGUCUUCAAAUUUAAGAGCCUUCUUGUGAGUUUCAUGUGACAUAGAAAAAAUCGGAAAAUGUCAAAAAAAUCCUCAUGAAAAUGUUCCUUUUUUGCAGCCUUUUUGCACCCUUUCAUGGGCUUUUAUGUACCAUUUUCGCUGCCUCUAACCAUUGAUUGAGCCUUUUAAAUCCCAGAAAAAAAGAAGGAUCGAUAAAGAGACUAUUUUUGCUGCCUGUUUGGUGCCAUUCUGCUGCCUUUUUCCUGCCUUUUUGCUGCCAUUUUGCUGCCUUUCUGCGUCCUUUUUUAAGCCUCUCCCUUUUCGCGGCCAUUAUCCACUAUUUGGACUCUUCCCGAUUAGUUAGUUGGUAAUUACGUUCCAAGAUUUUGGCUAAAAAGAUCGGGAUAUUCAUUCAAAAACGGUUCGAAUUUGAAUAACUCAGACCCCAUCAUUCCGCCCGAAACGAGUUCUGAUUCUGACCAAACUUACCCGGUACGAAUUCGAGAAGAAAACAAACAAAGGAAUCGACGAUUCUCAGCUGGUCGAUGUUGUAAGUCCCAUCAAAUUGUGUUUGAAAGGCUAAAAGAAACUUUUUCAGUUGAAAAAACGCGGCUCGGACUACAAUAAUCUUCUGGAAAAACACAAAGUUCAUCAUUCCUACUUGAAGACACUGCAGGCUGAGCUCAAGUAAGAAUGAGUUCUAAAAAAAUUUAAAUUUUAUUCAUUAUCAUUUUCCCGGUGAUUUCAAGCCGAAAAUGAGGUGUUUCACGAAAAGAUUAGAAGGAAAAAUAUUGGUUUUUGCCCUUUUUUUCUAUAUUGCGAGUUUUAUAAUUUUUUUAAUUUUUUUCUGCUUGCAUUGAAUACAGAUUCGUUUUUUUGAAAUUGAAAAUUUCGAAUAUUUUCGACCAGUUCUGCUAUUUUUUUAUCAUAGAGAAAAAGAAAAAAAUUGUGGAAAGUUCUUAGUGACCACUCUAGGGUUUUUGACGUUUUUAGUGGCCACUAUAGUAGUCAAAUCAGUGGCCACUUUAGGGAUUAUAAAUUAGUGACCACUAUAGAGGUGGUUCUUGUGGCCACUUUAGAGUCUUCUCCAAGUAGUCCUUCGGGGAGCCUCUAUUGCGACCACUAAAAAUUCUUUCAAUAAUGAUAAAUCAUAGGUUGAAAACAGAAUGUAUCGAUUUUUCUUGAAAUUUGUUAAUUUUCAAAGGAAUGAAUUAACAGAAAAAUUAUAUGUGUGUGAAUUCAGAAAUGCCGGAGUCGAGUCCCGACUAGUGGACCGGUUCGCCUACACGCAGCAGUCGGUCGACUGGGCCGACGCCGUCUUUUCGGCCGGCGGCGACGGAACCUUCCUCAUGGCCGCCAGUCGCAUCCACAGCCGCGAGAAGCCCGUCAUCGGAAUCAAUACCGAUCCUCAGGGGUACGGGUUUUCGAGCGAAAAACGGAAAGAUAAACGAGAAAAAGAGCUUUAAAAACAAGGGGCCAAAUUCUAUUUUCGCUUCAUGACCUUCUUUUUGAAAGAAGCUUGAUUCUUUGAAUAAAUCGAUUUGAAAGCUCAAAAGAUGGAAGUUUUUGAAUUUUUUGUUUGAAUUUUCAAUUUGAACUUUUUUUUUCUUUUUUUUUCCUCUGACGGAAAAGUUAAACUUUUAAAGGCUCUUGUUGAUUUUUAUCUGAAAAUCACCUUCGAAGCUUUUUUCAAAAUGCGCCUUGGCCAUAUUUUGAACCAUUAAAUUUUUCCUUUUCCAGUUCCGAAGGCUACAUGUGCUUGAUCAGGAAGUUGCCAGAGGAUCACCUAAAAUCCGCCCUUCAACGGCUAUUCAGUGGCGAUUUUCAGUGAGUUUCUCUCAUUGAACCCAAGGUUUAUCUCGAUUUUAGAUGGCUUUUCCGGCAAAGGAUCCGAAUAACUGUGAACGGGGAACUCGGAGAAGUCAUCGAGCUUCACGAUCAGCAGUUGAACAGGUUUUUUUUGGUCAUAUUUGGGCGAGUACAAAAUUUAGUCGGUCUAAAAAAAACUAGCUAUAAUUUUUAUUUUCAAGCCCACGGAUGUACUGGACAGAAAUAAACGUAGGAUUCAAAUUCGAGAAGUUUUACUGAAAUAUACAACUUUAAAACUUUCCUUAAUUUUUAGGUUAAAAACUACUUCUGGACCUUAGUUUUAGGUUAAAUUUGAUUUUGGACCUUAAUUUUUAAGUUAAAAAAACGUUUCUAGGCUUUUGAGCUUGGGUUAAAAACCGGACCUAUGUUUUUUUCCAGCGUUGAAAAAAAUAAUUUGACAACAUUUUUUUAGGAAUCCCGCGACCACACGGUGGACGGACAAUCCGAGAAGCCCCGGCGAAACGGAUUAUAAAUCGAUUUCUCCGCCUUUGUUCGUUUUUUUAGGAUUGGAAUAAGAAAAAAAGAUGUUAUGAGAAAGAACGGUGGAUUUUUGACGAUUGGAGUAUUUCGAAAUAUUUUUAUUUUCGACCGUUUUUAUGGAUUUUUGCCCUCCGUUGUUUUUCUGAUUAAGAUGGUAUACAAAAAAGUUAAAAAAGAACAUUUUUCCAAAGAAUUUUCGUCCUAAAACGCUAAGGAAAACUUUGAAAAAGACAAUAAUUGUUAUAUUUUUUUGACUUUAUGCGGUAGAAAUACACCUCAAAAAAACAAGAUGGGGAUCGAAAAUUCAUGAAAUUUCAACGAAAAAUGAGCUUUUUUUAACUGAGAAUCUCACAAAAACCAUGAGAAAUUGAAUUUUAAAACUUUUUGUGACGAGGGGAUUUUUCUUUAUUUUUUUAUUCAAACUUGAAAAAAGAUGUUCCAGAUGCAAAAAGUCGAAGGCGGCGAGUUCGAUGACCACCGUGGAGCUCCCAGUUUUGGCUCUUAACGAAGUUUUCGUCGGCGAAAGUCUUUCCUCCCGUGUUUCCUACUACGAAAUCGGCAUCAACAACGAGAAAAUGGUGAAGCAGAAGAGCAGCGGGAUCACCGUUUGCACGGGUUCGUCGGGAAGAAGGAGACUAGAGGGAAUAUUCAGAAAAAAAAAUCUUCUCCUAGGGGUUAAGAAAAAAAAUAAUGUUACAUACAGGAACUCUGUUCGAAAAUCAAUGGAAGAUUGAAAAAAAAAAUCAAUAUGAGUGCAAAAGGGAUAGAGCGUUUCGAAAGUAUACGACAUCCCUAAAAAGGAAAAAUUUUCAGUUUUCAGAAAAAUGUAAUCACUUUUGUCAUACAGCGGUUUCAUUUAUUUGGGAAAUCUACAUAGAUUUUUAAUAGAAUCGAGCAAAAAUGAAUAUUUUAGACGGGAAAAAGCGAAAAAAAUGGUUGUCCAAAAAGUGGGAAAUUUUUUUGUUUUUUUGGUUUUUUUAAAACUCUAUCUUGUUUUUUUCUGUUAUAAGUUUUCGAUACGUGUCAGAGAAACCUACAAAAAAGUAUAAUUUGUAUGAAAAAUGUACUUGAAAAAACGAAAGAUUCAUUUUUAUGAAGAACUUCGCGAAAGUUCAGUUACCCUGACCAAAACUUUCGGAAUUUUGAAGCAAGCGAAUUUGUUAUGAAAAUAAAGACAUUAGAAAAAGAAGAAGCUGGAAAAAAAGGUGUAGUUAUUUUUACUUUCAAUCUGAAGACUCUAGAGUCUUUUCGGAAAUUAAGCGAAAUAUUGUGUGAAAAAAGAGGUUUAGACGGCUUUAAAAGGACUUUUGAUUCAAGUUAUCGGUGAUUAUACUAUAGUCCAUUUCAGUGCUUGCUUCUAGAAAAGUUUCGAAAAUCAUUUUUUUUUUACAGGAACCGGCUCAACUUCGUGGUAUUUCAACAUCAACAAACUCACAGAACAGUGCGUUGUCGACUUGAUGAAAAUCAUUUCGGACAAGUGCAAGGUGAAUUUUUGUGAAAAAUUAUUAUAAUUGGCGAAUUUCAAGGUUUCCCUACCUGAAGCCAACGCCGACACAAUCAGCGACAUUUGCACAGUUUUUAAUCAACAGCUCAUUUUCGCGCCCGAUUGUCAAAGUUGGUGGUUUUUGAAGGGGUUUUAGGUGGAGAAUUUUUGGAUGGGAGGAACCUCCGGAAGAUAGUUAAUACAGUGACAGGAAAACAGGGAGAAGGUGUCAUUAGCCGACCGCAACGCACUGAGCCAUUCCCAGUGCGGUCUUGAAGGAAAUAAUUAAUCAAAGCACAUGGGAAAGGGUGGAAAAGGCUCCAUAGAAAUGUUUCAUUUAGGGUGAAAAUGGUUCCUGUUUUGCUGCCUUUUUACGCCAUUUCAUCGGCUUUUUGCACCAUUUUCGCUGCCUCUCCCUUUUUCACCCUUUCUUGAGUCUUGAGAGAUUCCAGAAAAAAGUGGAGGCUUGAUAAGACCCUUUUUGCUGCUUUUUUGUGGCCUUUUUGCGGGCUUUUUUGAGUCUCUCCCUUUUGGCAAGGAAGGCAAAUUUGGCUUGAUUAAUCCUUAAUUUUGAACAGAUCAAUCGAAAAAAAAUAAUUUAAACGAAGUGGAGUCCAAGUGAUAAAUAUGGAAAAUCUGGGAAAAAUUUCUGUUUUUUGAACGCAACCGUUCAGCCAUUCUUUGUAUCGUAGCGAAAUCGAAAUAUAUGAAAUCUCAAGUUUUUUUUUCUUGCUAGUUAUGAAAUUAUUGUGGAGAGGUUUUUCAGAAACUCAAUGAUGAGGGAAUAAGUAGAGAAAAGGUUGAAACUGCUUUUGAGAAAAAUCAGAGAAACAUUCCAGUAAUCACGGUUUAGAAAUGGCGUUUUCUGUUCGAGACCCAGUUUUCAACUCGACAUUUUUGCCUACGGAUCCUCGUGGCUUUGCUGAUCGGAUUCGGAUCAAGAGCCGGGGAUAUGAUGCUCAUUUGGUGAGUUUUGAAGUGGUCCCUUGAGAGCUAUCAAUGAAUCGACAUUUUUCAAAAAAAUUUUUCAAUUAUUUAUUGGUCUAUGGAUGAGUAAUUCCAAUAAAGUAGCCACUUGAGGCCUUUUUUAAAUUCAACCAAUUUUUUUCAAAAAUUAAUUUCAUCCAAUUCUUUACAAUGUUUCGAUUGAAAGGUCUGACCGAUCUGCGCCUCUUUUCUCUCAUCCUGGAGGUCAAAAAAGAAUGAAAAUAGCGCGUAAACACGAGAGACCAGAAAAAACAGAGAGGCUCAAGUCGUGGCGAGUUUGGUAAAUCUUGCGAUCUUCAGAGUUGGAAAACUUUAAAAUUCCGUUUUUGAUCCAUAAAUUGAGGCUCGAAUCUAUGAGGAAUGUGCGCUCCAUCGAGAAAUCUCGAUUUUAUUGAUUUUUGAAAUAGAUUAUAGAAGAGACCGGAUAAAACAAGUCAGAAAAAAUAUAGUCGAUACAAUAUGGCCAAAGCAGGAUCUAUUCGCAAAGGCCCAUCCGGCGGAGUAAGUGCGCUCCAUGGAUAAUCCGAAUUUCCAGUUGUAACAUCUCGGACAUUGGUAACGCGAAACGGACGUGCUCCGGACGUUUCUGGGCGAUUCUAGGGAUCACUUAAGAGUUCUGAGGCUACUAAAGUGGUCACUAGAAAUGCCCCGACACGUCCGUUUCGCGUCCCGUUCGCGUUACCAAGGUCUGAGAUGUGUUUUUUUUUUUUGGCUAGAAACAAUCCUUUUCCGACUAUUUAAGUUUAGCUCGUUUGAUUUAUAAUACUUAAGCCCUCCUUAUACAUAAAGGUGAAGAAGAAUGAAAAUAAUUCAAAAAAAUGUUCAUUUAGCCAUGCAGCGCAUUCACUCUGGUGCGUAGGCUUUUUUUUUCGCGGCUGUUUUCACUUAGCAGAAUUGUGUUUUCCCAUGUCCAGGUGGUCGACGGCGGCGUCUCCUACCGGUUCAACGACGGAUCCGAUUGUCUGAUGGAAGUUCAUGAGGAAGACGCCUUGAGGACGGUCGUCUUCCGAUAA